AUGAAUCUUCGUAGUCAAUGUACACACCUCGUUCUCAUCAUCAUCUACAUCAAUUCAUGUUAUACUUGGCAUCAAACACUCAAAUUUCCUCGCCAAUUAUCGUAUGAGCAUGCAGAUAAACAAAACUUUUCACUUUCGAUUGAUAUGAAAUUUUUCAUGUGGUACGACACUUAUGCAAUCUAUAGUGCACGUGAAAGGUUAAUACUCCUCAAACCUAGUCUAAAUACGUCCACGAUUGAGGUUUACACAUACAAUUGGUCGAUUGAUUCAACAACUAUGGAAGAAUGUCUGCAAGAAUGGAACACAAAAGAAAAAUGCUACAACGAUAUUGUUCAUGUGCGAAUUCUACCGAACAACACUGUUAUGGAUGUCUAUUCAAUCUACGCACAUCGGUCCAUGAUCCGUUCGUUUAACUUUCAUUCUAUGUCAUUCAUCAAUGGAAGUUCUCUCGCGCACGAUCCACAUCCUUCGAUAGAUUCCGAACGUUCGUAUGUGAUGUUAUCAUUCGAUACCAAUUUGAUAACGGCUGGCUACGAAGGUGAUUAUAUUCCAACAAUUCGUGCGUCGCAAGGAAGAACUUUACUUUAUGCAUUAAGACAAAAUUCGCAGUUCAUUGGUGGAUUUAAAUAUGAUGGUAAAGCUGUAUUUGGUGUAGUUGAAACAUCUGAACGAAGAGAAACAAAUCGUGUCUCUCGGUUAGUGAUGGCUUGCGCUAAUCGAGCUGAAAUCAUUCGUAAGGCAACAUUGAAUUGCUCGACAAAUAUGUUCGAUCACUCACGUUCAUUUGUUUUUCAUAUUUUAACCGCAUUAAUCGAUCCUAUUCGAACAGCGAAUGACUCCGUACUGCUUUUUGCUACAUUUACUACAACUGAUUCAUCACUCACAGCAUCGGCUGUGUGUUUAUUUGCAUUGGAUAAACAAUUUUACGAUGUUUUUACUGCUUCAUCAAUGAAAACAGCUCGAACAAAUGAAAUUAACGAAUUAGUUGUUAAUUGCUCUCAAGCAAUACCAUCAACAAUCGAUAGAGACAUGGUCGAAUCGGAAAAACAAUUUCUACCCUAUUCAUCCAAUCCAUUACUAAUCGAAACAAUGUCCAAUGGAGUGUUUUCAGCUAUUGAUGUUAUUGAGUACCAACCCGAUCACUAUUGUUUAAUCAUUGGAACAAGUACUGGCCGUGUAUUUACAGCAUUUACUGAUCGUUCUUUUGAAACGAAAAUCUUCGAGGAAUUGAUAUCGUCUGUGGACAUGCAACAUUCGAUUAAAUCGAUUACUCACAAAAAUAUUGAGAAGAAUUCUUAUGUAAUAUUUCUGACAAAUCAUCUGGGAUAUUCAAUCGUGAAAUUGAUUACAUGUCAAGUGAAUGAUACGAGACUUUGUUUUCAAUGUUUUCUUCGAGAUUGUUCGAUACGGCGAGUUGUUUCGACUGAUAAACAACGAUGUGCUUCUGGAAUCGAUGGUCAGCCAUCUCCAGACAACGACACACAAGGAACUUCCUUCUCGACAGAUCAAUCUUUGUUAUACAAUCGAUCCGUAAUCAUCAAUCGUAGUUCAGGUAGUGUUUUCUUCUUCUCUUCAAAGAAUCGAUCAUUCUUUCGUCAUCAUAAUACAGAUAAACAAACGACCAAAGGUCUUUUAUUCUACAUUGUUAUACCACUGUCAAUGAUUGUCUUUAUGCUCUUCGUACUUAUUAUUCUUCUUCUGACGAAAUCGAAUGGAAAAAUCAAACGUGGACGAUUUUAUCCUAGUCACUGUCGUAAAACUCAGGAUUCUUCAGCAAAAAAUAUCUUUUCUCAUACAUAUACCAAUAACAUCAUGUAUAAAACAAAUCCUAAAUUGGACGUCGAUAGAAAGAAACAACAGCACGUAUUUCCUAUCAAAUCCGAAUUUUGUGUGCGUCAAAUCCCAAUAAAUCCUGUUUAUUCAACAGCAUCAUCACAAAGUUUACCGUCCUUAGUAUUGCCGACAUCAACCAUUCUCGCGCCAAACACGCCACAACCACUUUCGGUUCGCCGUCUCUACAAAGAUUACAUGUGA